GCUUUAUACAUUAUUUCUUCAACUAUCAACACGUGUGUUGUAAAUUUUGCCACAAAUUUUUAAUAAAAUUAAAAUAUAAAGAACUAAUUUUUAUUAUAAACUAUUAAAAAAUAUAAUGAAAAUGAAAAAAUCUAAACAAUCUGUGGAUAAACCCGCGGGUCGCACACAAAUACAUAAUGUGCGUUUUUACAAUUUAUCUCCGCGUUCCAUACAAACCAUGGCGUUUAAUAAAAUAUGGAAAAAAUUAGCCUUGUCCAGAAAUGAUGGUUCCAUUGAGAUAUGGGAUAUGGCCAAUGCUCCCUGCCUUGAACGCACUAUCACCAAAACUCCCGGCAAUUCGGUUGAGGGUUUAGCCUGGUGUGCCGACAGGUUAUUCAGUGCUGGUCUUAGUGGUGAGUUAGUGGAAUGGAAUUUACAAACCUUAAAGCCUCGUUACAAGCAACAUGUCACGGGUAAUGCCAUUUGGUGUUUGGAUGUAAAUCGUGCCGGCACAGAAAUUGCCAUAGGCACUGAGGAGGGUUAUAUCAAUAUCUUUGAUAUAUCCGACAACCAAUUCCAAUAUAAAAAUCUGUUUGAUAAACAGGAAGGCAGAGUACUCUGCUGUCGCUUUGAUGCUACAGGAGACUACCUUGUUACCGGCUCUAUGGGUGCCAUACGCAUUUGGAAUAAACGUACGGGCCAUGCUAUAAACAAAAUGACCCUCACCGCCAAACAAAACAAAGCAAAUCCCCAAGAAACCAUAAUCUGGUCUAUACAAGUACUUGCGGAUUUCACUAUUAUAUCGGGUGAUUCGCGUGGUUACAUUUCCAUUUGGGAUGGUAAAAAUGCUACACAAAUUGAAUCGCAUCAGGCUAUGAAGGCAGAUGUUUUGACUGUUGCUGUCGAUGAGGAAGAAAAUAAAUUGUUUUGUGCCGGCAUAGAGCCCACCAUCAGGAUUUAUUCUAAGACACGUAUUCAACGUGAUGACAUGGUCUACAAUAGAUGGGUGAAAUUUUUACAACGUCGUGUUCAUGAUCACGAUGUUAAGGCUUUGUUGUGCGUGCAGGAUAAUAUUUAUUCGGGUGGUAUUGAUGGCUAUUUGGGUGUAUCGUCGGCCAGUAAGACUCAAUCGAAAAUUGUUAAAUAUGGACCAUUUCUGCAGCAACCUUGUGCCACUGUCGCUCCUGAAAAACGACUGUUACUGCUACGUUAUACCAACUAUUUGGAAAUCUGGCGUAUGGGCUCCUCUUUAGGACAACAAGAGUUAAUGUAUGGCAAUCAAGAAAAUGAAAAUAAAACAAAAACAAAAUUUCUUUCGCUUGAUACAGUACCCGAAAAAUUGCUUGAACUUAAAAGUAAAAAUGCAGAGGCCAUCGUUUGUGCAGCUUUGUCACCAAACGGACGUUGGUUGUGUUAUUCAACACAGAAGGAAAUACGUUUAUUUCAAUUUAUACCGGGCACAUCCACACAGGCCACACAAUUAAUACGUGUUAAAGAUUUACCUGAACAAUUUGCACCAGCAUCACAUGUCACUUUUAUAGCUGAUUCUAUGCGUUUGAUAAUGGUUAAUCGUGAAACUAAACAGAUUUUGAUAUUUUCCAUAAUCAUGCCCACAGAUACUGACUUAAAUUACAGUUCCUGUCCGCCUUUGGAUUUUGUAGAAUGCAUUGAUACCAGUAAACAUAUUAAGGACAGCAUUAAAUUAUUUUCUGUUUCACUAUGUGGUUCCUAUAUAGUAGCAGCCAGUGCCGAUCGCACUAUUGCCGUUUGGUCUGUUUACCAGGGAAAACACUUUAAACAUCUACUCAAUCUGCCACGUUAUACAGCUGCCACUACAGCUUUAGCCAUACAUGCAGAACAACCCCGUAUUGUGGCCGCCUUUGGUGAUGGCAAAAUAUUUGAAUAUGACAUGGAAGAAAUGUGUUUCACCUGCUCGGCUUAUGAUCGUUUUGUCUCGAAUUCCGAAGACUUUUGUAUUACCAAUAUAGUUUUAGAUGCACGCAAUCCGAAUAUAUUUGUCAUGCAAAACGAUGCCAAAAUGUAUGUGUUGGAAAAGUGUCGGCAACAGGAUAAACUGGAUGAGGCUUUAAUGGAAAAUUCAAAUAAAAAAUCUUUGAAAAAAUCAAAAAUUGAAAAAUCCGAUGAUAUACAAGUGGAUGAUUUGAAAUUAAAAAUGGAAAAGACAUUUGAGCAUUUAAUAAGUUUAUGCUGGUUAACUCCCGAUGAACUAGUGGCGGUCAGUGUGAAUCCCUUAACAUUAUUAGAUCAAUUACCAAAUCCAUUUAAGGAAAAACUAUUUAGAACUAUGUAAAGCUAAACAAUACACUGUAGUUUUAUUAUUAAUAGAAUUAUAUAAAUAUUUUGUUUUAUAGAAAUAAAUAAUUCUAAGACCAAUAAAGAAAUUUUAUUGUUAAUAUUUGUUUGGUUUUAAUCUAAGCUUAAGGAAAAGCUUAAUAAAACUUUUCCUUUAAGAAAUUAGAAUAAAAAAAAAUAUUUUGGAUCUUUUUUUUACAAAAAACCG